AUUUUGCGGAGAACUCGAAGUGGGAGGGAGAGAGAGAGAGGAGAGGGAGAGAGAGCGGGAAGAGGGAUCCAGCUGUGCUGAGCAGAAGAGGGGAAACACUAGCAGGAGAAUAAAGCAGGAGCAGCAAGAGAAGCAGAGGGUUGUCUCAGCCAGCCACAGGAGACUUGAGGCUGGAGCCCUCUUCCGCCUCUUCAUCACGAUCCUAUUUGGCGUGGACACAGAGAGAGACCGGUGAAAGUGGAAGGGGGGAUUACCUCUCUCCCCCGCUUAGGUCCAGAGGGGAUUCCACGGUCAAAGGAAAGAUAGCGAGUGUAGCUAGCCACCUGUGCACAGACUCGUAUCAGUCACGGAGGAUUGGGUUGCGGAGCGUUCAGCAGGGGCCACAGGGGGCUGACUCUACCCCUGUCUAGGGGCUCUGUCGGUGGGGCUUUCAUGGUGUGAGAGAGGGCUGGUGGUGGUGGUGGUAGACGUGGUGCGGGGUCCCCCCAGAGAGAAGCACAGGCGGGGCUUCUGCUGGGGAGAAGCAGGGCUAGUUCAGCACCAUGCCCGAGGGCAACUACCUGCUCUCUGUCUCCUGGGGCUACAUCAAGUUCAAGAGGAUGUUGAACCGAGAGCUGACCCACCUGUCGGAAAUGAGUCGCUCUGGCAACCAGGUGUCAGAGUUCAUCUCCAACACCUUCCUAGACAAGCAGAACGAGCUGGAGCUGCCGUGCCCCGUGAAGAAGGGCCGGGAGAGGAAGAGGAAGCAGGCGGGCCAGCAGACGGGGAUGAUGACCCAGAUCAGCGGGGUGAGGAAGGUCAGCCACGCCCCCGGGGACUCGGCGCUCAGCCGCUUCGGGGUGAAGACGGACCAGGAGGACCUGCUGUCCAAGGACCUGGAGGACAUCAACACCUGGGGUCUGAACAUCUUCAGGGUGGCCGAACAUUCCCACAACCGCCCCCUCACCUGCAUCAUGUACACCAUCUUCCAGGAGCGAGACCUGAUGAAGACGUUCAAGAUCCCGACGGACACGUUUGUCACGUUCAUGUUGACCCUGGAGGCCCACUACCACUCUGACGUGGCCUACCACAACAGCCUGCACGCGGCCGACGUGGCCCAGUCCACACACAUCCUGCUGUCCACCCCUGCCCUGGACGCCGUCUUCACCGAUUUGGAGAUCCUGGCGGCCAUCUUUGCGGCAGCCAUCCAUGACGUGGACCACCCGGGUGUCUCCAACCAGUUCCUCAUCAACACAAACUCAGAGCUGGCUCUGAUGUACAACGAUGAGUCGGUUCUGGAGAACCACCACCUUGCGGUGGGCUUCAAGCUACUCCAGGAGGACAACUGUGACAUCUUCCAGAACCUCAGCAAGAAGCAGAGGCAGUCCCUCAGGAGGAUGGUGAUCGACAUGGUUCUAGCUACAGACAUGUCUAAACACAUGAGCCUGCUGGCUGACCUGAAGACCAUGGUCGAGACCAAGAAGGUGACCAGCUCAGGAGUGCUGCUCCUGGACAACUACACCGACAGGAUUCAGGUGCUGAGGAACAUGGUUCACUGUGCGGACCUGAGCAACCCCACCAAGUCCCUGGAUCUGUACCGCCAGUGGACCGACCGCAUCAUGGACGAGUUCUUCCACCAGGGCGACCGGGAGAGGGAGCGAGGCAUGGAGAUCAGCCCCAUGUGUGACAAACACACCGCCUCGGUGGAGAAGAGCCAGGUGGGCUUCAUCGACUACAUCGUCCACCCCUUGUGGGAGACCUGGGCUGACCUGGUCCACCCCGACGCCCAGGACAUCCUGGACACCCUGGAGGACAACCGCAACUGGUACCAGAGCAUGAUCCCCCAGAGCCCCUCGCCGCCCUUCUACAGCGGGGACGCCGAGGGGGACGGGGACGGGGAGGGGGACGGGGACGGGGACGGGGAGGGGCGGGGCGGCUGCGAGCAGGGGACCAAGUUCCAGUUUGAACUGACGCUGGAGGACGAGGGGCGGCCGUGCGGACAGACGCAGACUCUCCCCGGUCCCUCCUCCCCCGACCCCGCCGACACCAGCCCGCCGUCGUGACCUCUGACCUCACACUGGCGGCCACACCAUUGGCUGUUCCACAGCGGCUCCUUUUAAUUGCAGUGGAGGAAUCCUGCAAACCUGGCUCUCUGGAGCUGCCCGAGAGGGCCUGACUGACUCUGGGGGCCCCCCCUGGAGAAGAGUGGGGGAAACCCUGUAGCUCUUUGUCUCAGAGCUCCCCUGGGAGAAUAACGGUGUUGGAAGGACGGCCAGACAUGAAGGAUCCACUGGAGGAGUGUAGAAGGCAGUGCCAAGGCUCCCUAGCCACAUGGGGCUACCUCCUUUGUUUGGACUAAUACUGUAGAACAGUAGAGAAGGAUAACUAUGUCCAGACAGACGGGAGACACGAGCACUUUCACUUUUUUGUUGUUGCUGUUGUUGGGUUUCUUCAUUUGUUUUGAAGAAGGUUUACUUGUUUUGUAACACUUGUCUGGAGACAGUGUGUACCUUUUUUUACCAACCAUGUCUUUAGUACGUCAUGUUUUCUAUAAUUUAUGGAACAAAGUGAAAAGAUGUGAAAUGUUUGUUUUUCUACACAAGAAUAUGGACGGUGUGUCUCACAAGUCAGAAAAUUGUGCAGUCUUCCCAAUGUAGGCAAUAUUGCAGCAUAUUCUCAAAAGGAUUUGGGGAUAUCACUUUUUAAUCAUGUGACUUCCAAGCACAAUUUGCACUUUUUGACGGAUCGAAAAAGAAAGUGUAUCCAUUUUCUUUUCUUAAAUCCCAAUUUAAAGUCAAAGUUAUUCGUAUGCUCUAAUAAAUGGCACAAAUCAGUGUCAAUACCAGUGAAGACAAGCUCCCUAAAACAUCAAAAGCACUCACAAAACCCAUCAGUAGUUUGUAUUGACACAAACUCCCUUUUAUUUCCUAGGGGAAAGAAGUAAAAUCAACCAGUUCCAAAGACGUUCAGAGAGAAGCACUUUAACAGACAAACUGCCACUAAGGAGAGAUGUAGAGAGCCUUUUAUUAACUCCUGCACCCAAAAAUGUAAUUCCUUAUUAGACCCAUUAAUUGAAAAAAUGAUUUGGCCAAUUCAGCUAAAAAGAUUUUUAUGUUUUUUUACUUUCAAACCUCGAAAGUUAAAUCCUCGCGGCUGCUAUUUUACCCGCCCAACACGCAUCCUCCUGCAUUAGGAAAAACAUCCUCCAUCAACACAGCCUGACAUCAUGUUGAUGUGGUUCAAGCCAGAUCUGUAUAUGCACAACUCUCCUGAUCUGGCAGAACAUUUCUAACAACAACAAUGAACGUAAUUUAAAGUUAAGGAUAAAAACAAGUGUCAUCCUUUUUUCUUUUUUGCUCAAUUGAAAGGUACUGCAAAGUAUGCUGCCAUUCCUUUUAACCUCUUGUUUAGGGAUGUGAACAUUCCAACCCUACGUGUGUGUUGCAUCCAUACCUUGUAUUCACCUUGAACUGUUUAUUUAUUACCAUUCCAUUGUACCUGUAAAUAGAAAUGUAUUCACAAUCUAGUUGCAAUUAUUAAUAUACGCAUUUAUACACAUCUGUCGUGGUGUUCUAUGAGUCUAUGAAGCAAUAUCCUGUUUUAUUUCCUGAGAAAAGUGCUCAGAUCUGCACACACCGUUCUGAAGCACAAUGUGGACGAGGACUGUCGACACAAACACAAGAACUUCUUUUUUUUUUUCAUGUGUUGUUUUUUGAGGAGACAAACAAUAUUUGAAAUCCACUGCAAUUUAUUCAUAUCUGUGAAUCCAAAAAAUAUGUUUGUAUUGUUCUCAAACACCCUUGUAUUGAGGUGAUGGGCGAUAGUAACUAUGAUCCUUCGUAAUGAGUCCAACGGCUGGAUUGUUUCCUACUAAGUACGGUGACGGGUCACUGUAGUUGGAAUAAUGACAUUUUUUUCAAAUGGGUUCUUUAUACUUUCUCACACAAUGUAUGGUAAAAUAUUGUCUGCUCCAUUCCAAUAAGAUCAUUAAAAUCAGCAUGAAUUA